AUGGCACUGCCGCCCAUCCUGCAUGGCGGUCCCCUCCCCUCGGAACUCGACUUCUACACCACCACCUCGUCCACCACGUCCAUCUCCAUCAUCCCGCUCCUCUCCAUCGACCGCGUACGCCUCCUCACCGCCAUCUACGGGCCCUUUAAGCCGCCGCAGCCCGCAACCGUACCCCUCUGGCUCGCCCUCUACCUCCGCAACAAGAAAAAGGCCCUCGUCAUCCCGCCCGACUGGCUCUCGGUGCCCGCACUCACCGAGACCCUGCGCCACGAGACGUCGCAGCCCGGCUUCGCACCCCUCCCCUUUGAGUGGAUCGGCGUCAGCAAUGCCAUACUCCGACACGCCAGCCACGACGUCAGGGACGCCGGAAAAGUCAGGGGCCUGCUCAAGGACAUCCGCGAGGCCAGGCAGUCCAAGGUCCUCGCCGGUGUCGCCAUGGUCAACAGCGUACACCUCGAGAUGACGGGCAUCUCGAUGCACGAGAUCGCCGAGCUCCGCCCCUUUUUCACCACUGCCUUUCAGCACCUCAAGUCGCUCCAGCCUCCAUCGGCGCAGCAGCCCGCCGCAUCGGCAUCGGACCAGUUCGACGCCUCGUUCCCCAUGGCCGCAUUCGAAUCCUCGCCCUCGGAUCCCUACGCCUUCUCGCAGUCGCCUUCCCAGUCCCAGCCCGCACGGCGCCACGGCGACGGCGACGACAACAACUACGACGAGGGCGGCGGCUCGUUUUCCAUGUCCUACUCUGCCGACCCGGAAUCCUCGACCAGCGCGCUGCACGGUACCGCGUGGAACGACGAGAGCAUGCGCUCCGACUUCACCUUUGCCGAUCGCGACCAAGACCACGACGCGUCGGCCGCAGCGGGCGCGGCCGCCAUGGCGCGCUUCAACGCCAGCAGAGGUCGACCGAGCAACAUCAGCGAUUCUGGCUACGCAACAGCCACCCGCGCUCCAGCCGACAAGGAUGCAGGUCAGAACAGAGCGAGGGCCAGCGAUACCAGACCGCCCAGGUUCAACAUGGACGACGACGACGACGAUGGGUCCCAACGCCCGCCAGACGACGAGAGCAUGGACACGUACUAG